UCAGCGACUUACAGCGGGACUGUGGCGGGCAUUCUGACACUGGGGGGGACAUCCCCAGUGACACCAAUCAAUGCUAAUAAAAAGCACUGACACUGUACUAAUGGCACUGGACAGGAAGGGGUUAACAUGUGGGGUGAUGAAAGGGUUAACUAUGUGCUGUUUUACUAUGUGGGCUGUGUGUGUUUCACUGUAAGCACACUGCUUUCUCCUGCACACUGCUUUGUAUGGCUCUGCAUAGCAGAGCCAUACAAAGCAGUGUGCUUACAGUGUAAAGCA